CAUCUCUUGGAAGUCGCAGUUACCCGGGAGCCGUUAAACCACUAUCGGAAUGUGGCCGAGGCUGCCCGGGGUGAACGUGCAGCAACUCUGGUCAAAUUUGAAUCUGCUCAGUCUGAGCUUCGAGAACUGCGAUCCAAGAUGCUUUCCAAAGAAGUUUCCUGUCAAGAGUUGAAAGUUGAAAUGGAGAACUACGGAGAAAACAAUGCCAGAAAAUCGUCUCUCCUCACCUCUUUGAGAGACAGAGUUCAGGAGCUAGAAGAAGGAUCAGCGGCACUCUCCACUUCUAAAAUUAGAACUAAAAUCACAGCUCAGUCUGCAAUCAAGGAGAACCAGGAGUUAAAGAAGAAAGUUGUAGAACUGGACGAGAAAUUGCAAAAAUGUUUAAAGGAAAACGAGGAGAAUAAGGAUCAAGUCUCACAGAAAUGCAGGAAACAUGAGGAAUUUCUGGCUCAACUUCAUGACUGCUUAGACCCAGGGAAGAAGAAUGAAAAGGCAUCAGAUGAAGAUUUAAUUCUAAAGCUUGGAGAGCUGUGCAAGGAAAAUGCAUUGGUGAAAGGACAAAUUGUUACUCUUGAAGAGACUAAAAAUGUCCAUGAGAUGGAGGCAAAAGCUAGCAGAGAAACAAUCAUGAGGCUGGCUUCAGAAGUAAACAGAGAGCAGAAAAAAGCUGCCUCCUGCGUUGAAGAGAGAGACAAGCUGAACCAGAUGGUCUCCCAGCUUGAAGCCCAAAUAUCUGAGCUUGUUGAACAGUUGGGAAAUGAGUCUGGGUUUCACCAGAGAGCUCUACAGAGAGCCCAGAAAGCAGAAAACAAGUUGGAGACUCUUCAGGGUCAGCUGACACACCUGGAGGGAGAGCUGGUCUCUGGAGACGUUUUGCGAGACAACUUGAAUUUCGAGAAGCAAAAAUAUCUUAAAUUUCUGGACCAGCUUUCAGAGAAAAUGAAGUUGGACCAGAUGGCUGCUGAACUUGGCUUCGACAUGCGUCUGGAUGUAGUUUUAGCCCGCACAGAGCAGCUGGUCCGCCUCGAGAGCAGCGCAGUCAUUGAAAACAAGACGGUCGCCUACAGUUUACAGAGAAAGCUAAAGACUCAGAAAGAAAGACUGGAGAGCAAAGAGCUGCCCAUGAACCUCCUCCGGCAAAAAAUAGCCCAGCUGGAGGAGGAGAAGCAGGUGCAUUCGGCAUCGGCUGUGGAGAGGGACGAGGCCAAUGUCACCAUCAGGAAGUUGCAGAAGAAGGUGGAGAGGCUGCAGAAGGAGCUGAGUGUGUGUCGAGAAUUGAACACUGAGCUCAAAGCCAGACUGGCUGACACCAGUGAGCUUAAGAUUAAAACUUUGGAACAGACUAAAGCCAUUGAAGACCUAAAUAAAUCCAGAGACAAACUGGAAAAGAUGAAGGAGAAAGCUGAGAAAAAGCUACUGUCUGUCAAAUCAGAAUUGGAGUCUACAGAGCAUGAAGCUAAGGAGAGUAAAGAGAGGGCCAGGAACAUGCUAGAAGUGGUAACCAGUGAAAUGAAGACAUUAAAAGAAUCUUUGGAAGAUCAGAAAAGAGAGAAAAGCUGGUGACUGGUGGACUUCAGGGAGGUGGUUUCUCAAAUGCUGGGCUUGAACAUGACCAGUCUCGCUCUUCCUGACUAUGAAAUCAUCAAAUGUCUUGAAAGACUGAUCCAUUCACACCAGCAUCACUUUGUCACCUGUGCCUGCCUCAAGGAUGUGACCACAAGACAAGAUGGACACCCACAAGGCCACUUACAACUUCUUCAGUGAACACCGUAUCUCUUGAGGGAGGUAGAGAUGAGAGAUAGGACAGAGUUCUCAAUUUCACAAAUUCCCCAAACCUUUGAAGUUUGAUCAGUAUGUGAAUAUCGUAUACUUUGAUGACAGAGCAAGAAUCAAUCAUGGGCAAAAAAGGAUCUCAAAUGUGCCAGCCUUAGGUAAAUGUUUGGCACUAAAAACACCUAUUAUUUUAUUUGCUAGCACUUUGGGACACAGAUGGAUUUCACUAGAUUGUGUAUCUAGAAUGGGAAAUGACGGUAGGAAAUUAACAAUUAUAGGGUUUCUAUUGUGAGUCAGGAGUUCUACUACCCAAUUUAAUUCUCAUAAUAACCAUGUGGAGAAACUUUAAUGUUUUUACUUUACAACCUCUCUGGGGCUUGAGAGGCGAUCUUGGUUACCUACCUAUGAUUGCAGUUAGUUAGUGACAGAACUGGAAUGAACACCAGGUCAGCUCAGUAUCAAAGACUGCACCUUCUCUGUUGUUUCACAGUCCUACUGUUUCUCCUGAAUUCCUGCGAUUCUGGUGGAAAUUGCCUUCAUCACAAAGGAAGAAAAACAUCUGUACAAUCAAGGACUGGAGUCCAAAAGUGACUGAGAUUUAUGAGUGUAACCCACAUGAUUUCUUUAAAAAGCCAUACACCUAAUUAUGUGGAUGAAACAUACAUAGAUCUGAGGUCCUGUAAAAUGGUCCUCUCUUAAAUAAAUGUUGCUACCAGAUCGUAUUUGGUGGUAAUCAUUAAUAUUUGAACAGAGCCGAGCUCAGUACUUUAAAAAUGAAAGCUUUAACAUGAAAUACUGGUAAGAUGAAGAAAUCGUACACAGUUUAUUCACCAAUAUAUCAAAUGUCCUGACAGCAGGGAUACUUUUUCAGGAUCGAGAUUUUAUAGUGAAUUUCUAUCAUUUUCUGUCUUCCUUUUAAAUUUCUAUUUCACAAAUAUUUUUCAGGAAACCAUAUUCUUAACUUGCCAAGAAAAACCUGUUUCUCUUUUGGGUGAUUGUCUUAUUUCUAUUGAUGCCAUAAGAAAAAAAUUUUAUAGUCCCUUAAAAGAGCAUUAGUGUCUAAUUAAAGGAGAAGGAAAAAAUAGAUUACACCCAAGCAUUAAGAGAAAAUGAAAACUCUAGAAGAAAGGAGGGGAGUUUGACACAGUUUGGAUGACAGCUGACGUAGAGGGAGAGUGACCAAGGGUCUCCGCUGUGGGAUGGGUCGUCUCUGCCUGGCUUUCUCUGUCGUGUGCAUUUUGCUACUGCACAGCCCUGACUUAGGACAUGAACGAGAUCUGCAACAGUAGGGGAGGUAGCCACGUAUUCUCCCAAGGGAAGGUGUGUGGUCUCUGGAGAUCCCUCCUCAUGCUCCAAAGAUGCAGUGGCUGCUGCUCCGGACCCACAUUCACCUGGAGUGGAGGAGGCGACUUCGCUCUUCGGGUCUCUGGGGGUUAGAACUGCUGAGUGACUCUGCUCUGUCCAGGCCACA